AUGGCGUCCUCCGUGAAGAAGGCAGCCCACGACAUAGAAACUCGAAAGCGAACCGACGAUGUGCUUCUGUCGGAGGGCAUCGACUUCGGCUCCCUGCUGCUGUCCCCGGCCGUGCUGGAGGGGCUGUCGGCGGCGGGCUUCCGGAAGCCGUCCCCCAUCCAGCUGAAGGCCAUCCCGCUGGGCCGCUGCGGACUGGAUCUGAUCGUACAGGCCAAGUCUGGUACGGGAAAGACGUGCGUGUUCUGCACCAUCGCCUUGGACACGCUGGUCCCGGAGAAUCCUGCGACUCAGGUUCUGGUUUUGGCUCCGACACGUGAGAUCGCGGUGCAGAUCCACUCAGUAGUGAUGGCUGUAGGCUGUGCCAUGGAGGGUCUGCAGUGCCACGUUUUCAUCGGGGGCCGACCCGUUAGCCAGGACAAAACCCACCUGAAGAAGUGCCAUAUAGCUGUGGGGUCACCAGGUCGUAUCAAGCAGCUCAUCGAGUUGGGCAUGUUGUCCACCGCCAGCAUCAGGCUGUUUGUUCUGGAUGAGGCAGACAAGCUCCUGGAGGAGGGCAGCUUCCAGGAGCAGAUCAACUGGAUAUUCUCCUCUCUGCCUGUGAACAAACAGAUGCUUGCUCUCUCCGCCACCUACCCAGAAUCCCUUGCACAGCACCUCACCCGCUAUAUGAGAGAGCCCACAUUUGUGCGACUCAACCCCGGUGACCUGGGCCUCAAAGGUCUGAAGCAGUAUUACAAGCUGGUGCAGUCCCAUCCGUUACCUCACAAGGUUUUCCAGGAGAAGGUGAAGCACUUAAUGGAGCUGUUCAGUAAAAUCCCAUUCAACCAGGCCCUCGUGUUCUCCAACCUACACACAAGGGCUCAGCACCUGGCAGACAUCUUGUCCUCCAAAGGCCUACCUGCUGUUUGUAUCUCAGGAGGUCUAACUCAGGACCAGAGGCUGGAGGCGAUGUCAAAACUGAAGCAGUACCAAUGCAGGGUGCUCAUCUCCACUGACCUGACUUCCAGAGGUAUAGACGCAGAGAAGGUCAACUUGGUGAUAAACCUGGACAUACCUCAGGAUUGGGAAACCUACAUGCACAGAAUCGGACGUGCAGGGCGCUUUGGCACUCAGGGCCUGGCUGUGACCUACUGUUGCCAUGGUGAGGAGGAGAACAAGAUGAUGGCCAUUGCUCAAAAGUGCGGCCUGACUUUGUCCGUAUUACCAUCCACCAUAGAGACGGGGUUGAUGGAUGAGCCAUGUGACUGGGAUGUCUGCACUGAAGCUUCCACUCCAGUUUCCUUAUCCCAGCAUGUCUCCAAGACAGAGAAGAAGAAGCGUGUCAAGGCUGACGUCCCUGCUGCUGCUGCCGCCGCCGUCCCCUCCAUCGCAGAUCAACCUGUCGAGCGAAGUGCACCAACAAUGCCGGAGAGGAGCCAACCACCACCCAGGAGGGGAAUCCGUGGUGAAGCUACUAUGAGGAAAGUGUCUCCUGUGAGUUCCUUUCGGGAGGUGCAGACUCGAAAACAGCAGCAAGACGCUCUCCCCAAAAUCCCCCCGCUCAGCUCGUUCAAGAGCAGCAGGUCGAGCUUCAUGACCUUUGAGGAAGCUGAGCAGGAUUUCUGGAGCUUCAUUAAUACAGGGCUGGGGAGAUCAGUGGAGGUCAUCAGGGACUUCAGAGGUCGAGAUGUGGACGGUGAUCAGAACGGGCACAGAGAGUCCUUCAUGCUCCAUGAUGACGGAACUCAAAGUGUAACACAAAAAACAGAAAGCUGUAAAUCCAACGUUUCACGUCCAAGGUCAAUUUCCAGUUCUUCAAGCUCGGACACGGAGGAGAACCAGAAGGAUGACGAGAGGGUGGGAAGGUUGAAUCCCACUGGAGGAGGUGAACACAGAGCAGUGACCCAACCUCACGCUGAUGCUGGAAACACACCAACUGUGGCCAAGCCAAAACCAAGGCCCAUCGUUUAUACUACUGCGCCCAAACCAUAUCAGCAGAGGACCCUUGAGUCAAAUGAGAAACCUUUGUUAGAAUCUGCACCGAGGGUCAGGUCAAACAGGGAGGACAGUCAGGCCGCUCGGUCACAGACUGACAGACAUGCAUCAAGAAAGGUGAAAGAAGAGGUUGACAAACGGAGCAAAAAACUCUCCGAAAAGAUGAAAAGAAAGAGGGAGAGGUAUGAAGUAGAUCAGGAAGAAGAGGAGGAGGAGGAGGGUGAUGAUGAGGAUGAGGAGGAAGAGGAAAGCAGUAGUGAAGUUUACUGGAGAACCUGCUACAAAGCCUGGAAUGAUUACUACACCUCUAUGACUCCGACUCAAGCACUAGGUUACCAAAGCUACUGCAAUGCAGCCAACAGCAGGAUGUUAGCUGAUCGUAUGAACGCUGUCUACAUGGAAGAACUCCUCAAAAAGUGACCUGUCCUGAACUGUUCAUAAGGAGUUCUAAUGAUGACGUUCUCCUGUGUGAAAUAAGCCAGACUCCAAUGACAUACUGUUUGUGUGUGUGUGUAGAUGUUCUGCUGCAAGACUUGUUAUAAUUUUGUUUUGCACUUCUGGUGUUACACAUUGCACUUAGAUUUAUUUUGUUCAAACCUCCCGAGUACGUUGUGUUUUCAUCAGUUACUGUUGAACCUACUCUGUGGAACGGUGGCCCUGGGACGAGAGCACUAACUUCUUGUGUGAAUGAAAGUGGAUGACGCAUUUCUUUCAUUCUCUUCAUCAUUGCAUCAUAAUGCAUUCCUCACUUUUUUUUUUCUUUUUGUUUUACUUUGGAGGAUUGUUGGGCCUUGAGGCUCUGUUCAGUUUCAUUCUGGUUGGUUAUCAUAACGUUCUUCACAUGAAUAACAUGUACGGCACAGUUCUGUCACUAAUAAAUGACCAGCAUGCAA